AUGAAUAUCCGCAAAGUAGCGAAGAUGCAGCCGCAGUCGCCCAGUGUUAGCACGACAUCCACUCCAAAAAGUCAGGCAAGCGAUUCACAGAGCACGCCCCGCCCCCGCUCCAGUCGCAAGAAGUCCUCAGAUGGCCCUGAUACCAAAGCUAGGAGGGUACGCACAGGCUGCCUCACUUGUCGCCAAAGACAUUUGAAAUGCGACGAGGCUGUGGGACGAUGUCUUAAUUGUCGCAAGUCGGAUCGCGUCUGUCGGCGUGGUGUCCGUCUCAAUUUUAUUGAUACUCAAACCGUGGCGCCUCCACACUUAAUCCCUCGGCCCCAUGGAUCGAAGGUGACAUUUCGAGAUGAUUCGCGUUUGAUUGCAUCUUUGUAUGUUGGGGGCUUCGAGAUAUAUCCGCCUAUCCAGCCGGAGAGUCCCGUUGAAGAGAAUGGACAAUCACAGCAUGACGUCGACCUUAUCGGGGAUGAUCUGACAGAUCUCUUCCAAUCGGUGGCGCAUUCUUUUGACCCGCUGAGCUUUGAUUUCCCACAUUCAAAUGUGGCGGAUUUCGUAGGAACUGAUACUUGGCACCAGUCGCACUUGGUACCAGGAGAUGAGCUUCUUCCGCACGGAACAUCUCAUUUCGCGCAGAAGCUAGCUGGAAAACAUGAUCACCACGUUUUUCUCACCGACCCAGAACAUGUCUCUCUUCUUCGAACUUUCAUGGAAGAAGUUGGUCCACGAAUGGAUAUAAUGGAUGAAAUGAACCACGUGGGUUUUGCCAUCGGCGAGCCCAUAUUGCUAAAAGCAUUUCUUGCGUGUGGUGCUAGACAUCUUUCUUUCGUAGACCCUUCUUAUGGAGACGAAAAGGCCACACGCUAUUAUGACGAGGCUACUCGGGAUCUUCUCAAUGCGAUCCAUGAUCCCAACCGUGACUCUGUCCUCUGUGCAACAGUAGCCCUUGCUCUUGGCUUUUCCGAGACCAUGCCAGCCUCAUCAAGGCACGAUGGCGAUCAUCGCGCAGGCUCCCGGGCCUUAAUUCGAGAAUGCGGCUGGACCGCCAAAACCCCCGGUUUAGGUGGAGCAUGUUUCAGGAUCAGCGUCAGUGCAGAGAUGCUGAACUGUUUACGAUAUAAUUGGACGUUGUCGUGGGAUCCAAACACUUGGGGGGUCAACAUGGACAUGGAUCUUUCACAAGCCACCAAUGGGGGCAAUCAAGAUAUAUGGCAUCAUCGGAUACUUUAUAUUUUCGCGAAAAUUAUGACAUCCCAAGCAUCUUCGCGCCAAUCUCACGAUUUAGGCGAUGAUGCAGCGCGGGCCAUCCAUCAAAAUCAUGAAUGGAUUAUUCAUAACAAGUGGUGUGACCAAUGGGCAAAAUCUAUUCCUAGAUCCCUCGUACCCCUAGGUCAUUUGCAACCAUGGCAAACAAGUUCCAAUUCAGCCUUCCCUAAGGUUUGGCUUGUCAACCGAUCUGCCAUCGUUUCCCGAUUAUUCUACCACGCCUGUCGUAUUCUGCUCGCCAAAGCGCAUCCUUUCCAGUCAGGGUUUAACGCGGAUAUGCGGAAAAUGCAAUCCAGCCAUGCGCACGAAAUUUGUGGCCUUAUUGCCCAUACCACAGACCGGUUAGUAGAGACUCUUGACCAGAAACCUAAAAGAAGGCCUGACCAGUUUAAUAGAGGUGUGGCCGAUAUAUCCCUGUACUUUCUUGUCCUCGCUGCAGAGUCCUUGGAAACACGACAAGCUCAAGAACAGGCACUCGGCAUCUUUGAUAACAUCACGAAAGUGACUGGUAGCAAUGCUGAACAAAUCCAAAACGACCUCAAACAAAUUUGGAGCUGGGCCGACGCUCACCCGCACACGGUGGCGCCGGCCCUGAUGCACAACCACUUCUAUGAAUUAGACCCGUCUCUGUCAAUCUCCAGUCACCCGGGCUCAUCCCCGAGCUUACACAAUCCCUUGUUGACUGCGGGUGACUUCUCAUUGGAGAACCGCCCAUAUCAAGGAUACUAUGUGCCACCACAUCAUCACCAUCCACUCGAUCUAUAUCACUAUGGGACAUUUGAUAUGAUCUGA